AUGGAUCUCGACUGGCUCAACAUCAUGGUCGUUCGAGAACCACUCGAGCGGUUCAUUUCCGGAUUUGUUAACAAGUGCAUCCUAGAUAGAAAUCGUACCAAUCCGUGCUACAACUGUGGGGACGAUAUCGCAUGCCUGAUGAGGCGACAGUAUCAGCGACUGAUGGGUGACGCUCAAACGCCGUCACUCCUUCACACAGUCGAGGAUGCCCACUUUGCACCUCAGUCAUGGCACUGCGAACUGCGUGACAACGUGCAAAAGUAUAAAAUUGUACAGUACAAUGCCAAAAAUAUCAAGGGAAUGAUAAAUGAACUUGACAGCCAGUUCAGCAAGAGCGGAGUUCCACAGGAUAUUCUCGGCGAUAUUCUAUCCCAGGUGAGCAAGACAAAAUGGCGUUCGUAA